GCAAUGAUUGCAGGUGGCGACAUCCUAGACCCAACAUGGAUGCGGCUAGAGGGUGAUUUCGAUGAGCAGGUGGCCUGCCUGUUCCGGUACGUGCGCCUGUCCCGGGAGGAGGUGGAGAGCUUCCGCUGCCUGUUCCGAGACGUGGAGAAUACACUGAGGACACAGUGGCCAGGCUGUGAAGUGAUUCCAUUUGGGUCCGUGGUGACGGGCAUGGGCAUCAAGACGAGCGACGUGGACUGCUACGUGCACAUCCCCGUGUGGUACCGCAUGGCCGGCGACAACCUCGUCAUCACCGCCCGCAACAUCCUCCGCCGCCGAGCCAACAUCUUCGCACAACUCUUAGCCAUCGCCCAAGCUAAAGUCCCCAUCGUCAAGUUCCUACAUACCCCCACUCGGACCAACUGCGAUCUAAGCUUCAAAAGCCCGUCGGGCGUCAGAAACAGCAAGCUGAUAUGCUAUCUACUCCACUCGGACAGAAGAGCGCUCGAUCUCGCUAUACUAGUUAAAUACUGGUCCAAAGCUCACAAUUUAACCGGCACGAAUUUAAUGCCAAAUUACGCUUUGACGUUAUUAGUAAUCUUCUAUCUCCAACACAUAGAAAUAUUACCCCCCGUGUGCGAUCUACAGAAGCUCGUCCCCUGUGAUUAUGUUGACAAUUGGAAUACUGCGUUUGAAGAACGCGAGCACAGGAGCAACAACGAGUGGUCGCUGCUGCAGAUUUUAGGCGGUUUCUUCUCCUACUAUAGCGGCUACGACUUCGAGAACAGUAUAGUGUCUCCGUUCCUCGGGUACCCUAUAGUCCGGGAGUGUUUUAAGAAGUUAAGCGAUGUGCCGGAGGAGUUCGACCUGUACAAAGAUCUGUACAGAAACGGGAUGUGUCAGCCUCUCAAGUCGGACACGCCGAUGUGUGUGCAGGAUCCGUUCGAUCACAGUCGGAACUGUACCGUCGGGGUGUUCUUCAAGUUGAGCCGGAGAGUAUGUUCGUACGUCAAGUUGGCGGCGACUCUGUACGAGAGUAAGUCCGGCGAGGAGUUCCUGCGGGCGCUGCUGCUGACGCGGGCGGCGGGCGCGCCCGGCGUGGCGGCGGCCGGAGCCCGAGCCGACAAGGGACGCAACAAGGUGAGCAAGCCGCAGCGGAACCAGACCUUCAAGAGUUUGAAGAAGGCCGUGAGGAACAACGUACACGCCUUGUACAUGCAAAUUAAUAAGAAAAGGGGGAAACGAUAG